GAAUUUCCGCGCCUUUUCGCAGUCGGAAUGGACGCAAGAGUAAAACAACCUGCAAUAUUUCAACUGUCAUGACAUAUUAUGGAUUAAAUUGUAUUUUAACGUUUAAACAUCAAAUGCAGUAGAUUUGGUGAUAACGGAUAACUUAGAAAUAUGUUGCUGCCCUCCGAUAUCGCCAGACUUGUCCUUGGCUACCUGCAGCAGGAAGGUCUUACUGCUACAAGUCGAGCCUUCAUUUUUGAAAGUCCAAACCUGAAAGAGUAUGCUGAGCACAGUUCAGAGGAUGGGAUUAUUCCUGCCUGCGUGUUUUCUCUUUUUGGAAAAAACCUGUUUACGAUAUUAAAUGAAUAUGUUGCUGUUAAAGCAAAUGAAACAAGUCAAGAAAAUCAAAUACCGGUUGUAAUGACAUCAUUAUGGAAAAAGCUUGACUUCACGCUCAACCAAAUCAAGUCUAUGCAGAACUCUCCAGCUUUGCAAAUGUUCAU